GUUAUGUAUUUAUUUAUUUUUUGUCAGAAUAGGAUCUUCCCUGUUAAGCAGUGUUGGAAUUAAGUGGUUUUUGUCAUGGUCUCAAUGUGAUACUGCCUGACUUGCAGUGAGCAGGUUGCUUUGCCGCACUGUAUCGACGGCUCUGAGGUACCUUAAACGUUUCCAGGCAGGGAGGGUAACAGCAGGAAAUGGCAUGGUCUCUGCCAACACCACUGAAUUAUGGGAAGCGUAGUUCUGUUGAUGCCAAGAAUUGGUCAAGGUGCUGAGAAGAACAUUUGGCUCGAAUGCGCAAAAUACAAUCUGCCGAGGUUUAACCAUGAAUAAAAACAAGCGGGACAAGGAGUACUACAGUAUAGAUGUCGGGGAUUCGACGUUCACGGUUUUGAAACGCUAUCAGAACUUGAGACCCAUCGGUUCUGGGGCGCAGGGGAUUGUCUGCUCGUCGUAUGAUCACAGCCUCGAUCGAAACGUCGCGAUUAAGAAACUCAGCCGGCCUUUCCAGAACCAAACGCACGCCAAAAGAGCGUACAGAGAACUGGUGCUAAUGAAAUGCGUCAACCACAAAAACAUCAUCGGCCUGUUAAAUGUAUUUACGCCACAAAAAACACUUGAAGAAUUCCAGGACGUUUACCUGGUGAUGGAGCUGAUGGAUGCUAACCUGUGCCAGGUGAUUCAGAUGGAGCUGGACCACGAGCGGCUGUCCUACCUGCUGUACCAGACGCUUUGCGGCAUCAAGCACCUCCACGCCGCGGGGAUCAUCCACAGGGACCUGAAGCCCAGUAACAUCGUGGUGAAGUCGGACUGCACGCUGAAGAUCCUGGAUUUCGGACUGGCCCGGACGGCGGCGACGGGGCUGCUGAUGACCCCGUACGUGGUGACGCGCUACUACCGGGCCCCCGAGGUCAUCCUGGGCAUGGGUUACCAAGCCAACGUGGAUGUGUGGUCAGUGGGGUGCAUCAUGGCUGAGAUGGUGAGGGGUAGUGUGUUAUUCCCCGGCUCAGACCAUAUCGAUCAGUGGAACAAAGUGAUCGAGCAGCUGGGAACGCCGUCCCAGGAGUUCAUGCUGAAGCUGAACCAGUCGGUUCGGACCUACGUGGAGAACCGGCCCAGGUACGCCGGGUACAGCUUCGAGAAGCUCUUCCCCGACGUCCUGUUUCCUGCUGACUCAGAGCACAACAAGCUCAAAGCGAGCCAGGCGAGAGACCUCUUAUCCAAAAUGCUGGUCAUAGACGCGUCCAAGCGGAUCUCUGUGGACGCAGCCCUCCAGCACCCCUACAUUAACGUGUGGUACGAUCCAACCGAGGUGGAGGCGCCGCCGCCGCUGAUCACGGAUAAGCAGCUGGAUGAGCGGGAGCACACGGUGGAGGAGUGGAAAGAGCUGAUCUACAAGGAGGUGCUGGAGUGGGAGGAGAGGAUAAAGAAUGGACUGAUCCGGGGACAGCCUCCAUCUUUGGGUGCAGGUGCAGCAGUGACUGGCCCCUCCCCCCUCCCGCCCCCGUCUCCUCCUGGUUCCGCCGACGCGUCGCCCCCGCGCACGGACCCGGCCGGCGCCUCGGACACGGACAGCAGUCUGGAAGGUUCCGCGGGGUCGCUGUACUGCUGCGGGUGACCGCCCCCUCCUUUAGGCCCCGCC